AUGGGCCAACUGCUCUCCUAUACUCUGACACCAGAUACCUCUUUUCCGCGCCCACAACAGGACUCAACUCUGGCCAAUUUAUUCAGCGUCAUUCGUCGAAAUGUCAGAAAAAGCAUUGCAGGUUCUUCAGAGACUCCAGAAGCCGGCACGAAGUCUCUGGACUUAGCUCAUUUGCCCCCGGAGCUAGCUUUCGACAUUUUGUCCUACCUAAAUGCCACUGAUCUCUACUUGGCCGCAUGCGUCUGGUGGAAUUUGGCCUCCGAUGAGGUUCUUUGGCAGGGGCUUUGUCGUGCAACCUGGCCCUUCUGUUCAGCCUACAAAACGUGGACAGAGCAACCAAAUUUCUCCUUCCGUAUUCUCUUUCUGCGACUUGAUGAGGCCCGACUUACCUUCAACAUAGAUGGUAUUGAGGUAGGGAACUUGUGGAAGAAAAAAACACAGUUUAUUUAUCUUGAUUUUCAGGGCAUUAAGUACUUGCAGAAAUACGAAAUUUUGAACGACGAAACGGACGACCUGGCAAUGUUUUUGCACUCGGCUCCGGGACUGGAUCCAGUUCAAAAGCGACGCUUCCUGGAGACAAGGCAAUUUUUCAUCCAUUUUUUCUAUUUAUUUUCAUAUUACUGUUAUUGUUUGUUAGCAGAAUUAUGGGGAAUUUUCCACUCGCUGGAGAACUUUCUGCGCCACUUUUUGAGGGUAGUAAUAUUAGGUCCGCUCCGGAGGUUUUACUUCAAUCGUACAGGAGUGAUUACCGAUCGUGCUAUGGGAAGUAUUCGUCCCAAUUGGGCUUUGGAGUUCACUCUCGACUCCCGCAAGCAGCCGCAUAGCGGCGGCAGAAGAACUUUUGCGAGAAAGACAAAGGAGACUGGAAAGGCUAGAGCGCAGCGGGACGAGUGUAUAAAGUAA